AUGAUACCUGACCGCGCAGAGUACCAUGCAUUUCUUAAAUCUGCUAUUGAGGCAUUGACGGGUGCUCCAUGCAAGAAUACAUUUCAUGCAAUUCAAAAUUCAUUAUUGUCCAAGUCAUCUUGCAAUGUUACAGGAAUUGUCGGCAUUGCAUGUGCCCGACAUGGGUGCUAUGCUCCAAAUGCACUAGUUGAUCUUUUUAAAGGUGAGCAGCAGAAAAAUGUAGACUUUGCAUUUUUAGCUGCACUUGCAUCAACUGGUGUCCAUCCUGACCAAGGCACCAUGGUUAUAUAUGAUAUUGUCUGCCAGUAUAUCAUCUGGCUACUCAAGCGAAUUAAGGACCAUCUCCCCAAUGGACUCAAAAUUGACAGAGCAAUUGGUAUGUUCCAUGUCCAUGCUCACAAGGAUGAGUGCUUUUUCCGAUAUGCUCCGACAUUUAUUCCUGGUGCCUCCUGUGUCUGCGGAGAGAUUCUUGAAUCAUUGUGGGCCGACUUGAAUGCUAUAUCCCCUGCAGCUCAAACGGCAACAUUAGCUCAUCAAGCAGAAAUACUUGAUGAUCAUGCAUGUGAUUCCAACCACAAAAAGGCUCUUGGAAUAACCAAGUAUCUUUGCCAACGGUAUCUAGAAGCUGAAGAAACAAGAGACAAAUAUCGGAUAUGUUUUUCCAAUCUUACCAACUCUGCUGAUCCUGAAGCCAUCAAAUUAUGGACACAGCAGAUUGAACAUGUAGAAAAAAAUCGAUUGCAAGACCCAAAGCUAAUGGACAUUUAUACUGCUAAGUGGCCUGGAUCCGCUCCGACAGUCAAUACCAGUGACUUGAUUGAAGAGAAACAAUUGGACAUACGGAUGUGUGCACGUCGGCUUGUCAAUCAUGAUCGUCUUACCGACCGCGUCAAGCUUCAAAAGCUACGAGACUCCCUCAAAACAUUGAUGGUUCAACUCAAUAAACUUCAGGCCAAAGCAGGUGUUGUUGCUACCGGGAGACAAGACAUUGACAUAUCCGACCAGAUUUUAAUUGACUGGGAAGACGAAGAAGAUGUUCUAGCUCCUGGGUUGGGUCCGACAGUAAACGAGGAUAUUGAUCUACAGCCAAUAUGCUUACCAUCAAAUGGUGCUGCAAGCAAAAUUUAUGCAUCAGAUGAACUUGAAGCCAGAAUAUCAAAAGCUAGAAGUCACCUUAACCAGAUCCGAGAACUAAUAGCAGAGCGGUCUUUCCAGUUCAAAGAAGUUGUCCAAAAGGGUCCACGCAAAGGGGUACGCACACGAGGUCAAACGGCGGUAAAAGAGUUAAAAGACCAAAUUUCAAUGCAUGCGCAGGCAUACUCACACUGCCGAACUCGUAUUGUCAAGUUGGGGGCCAAUGAUGAAAUUCUUCAGGAGUUGCGCAUUUUAACAAAAGAAGACAUUAAAUCAAGUACUGCAAUUCUUAAUCCAAAUUUGCCGGGAUCAACCAAAUUCCGUUUGUCAUGGAUUUGGUAUUCUGUACACCAAAGAUUCGGACCGCGGUGGGCACUUGAUCCGACAGCUACUCCCGAUGCCGACCCAAACACAUUAUCAGAGGAAGCAGAUCCCGCCACUGUGCUUGAAUGUGAGUUAUUUUAA